GACGCUCUAAUGCUCACAUUAAGGGAGAUUACCAAAGAAUCGGAGAUGUUAUGCUAAAGAACAUUCAGAGUAUGAAGCAACUGACAAUUCACUUGUGGAAGCACGACGAGAUUUUAAUGGAGUUGGAGAAUGGGAUCAAGAACUCUCGCAAGCUGGAGACCUUUUGCAGAGAUUUUGAGCUCCAGAAAGUUUGCUACCUGCCCCUCAAUACCUUCCUACUCAGACCUUUACACAGGCUUAUGCACUACAAGCAGAUAAUGGAGAGGCUUUGCAAACCCUACCCACCAAGCCAUAUAGACUUCAGGGAUUCAAGAGCGUACAUUGAAAGAGGAUCGAGUUGCAAAAUCCAGCUCUUGGAAGAUCAGAAGUGGUAGGAUUAAGGUUGCUCUUGUGUCCACAUUGUGCCACAGUCUGGGCAAGUACUUGGAAGAGAAGUCUUCGGGGGUUAUUAAACACACAGAAAUGACAUGUAGUUCAGGAAAUCGCUUGAACUGAAAACAGUUGGGAGGUUGGGAGAGAGCAUAGGGAACAUACCAUAUGUGCUUGUCUU